AUGGGACUGCGAAGAGUGGUGUUGGUGGCUUUAAUGGGAGUGAUGAGACCUGAGCUGGUGAUGAAAUCGAUUGUUCCUAUGGUUAUGGCUGGUGUUUUGGGUAUUUACGGACUGGUUAUUUCUGUUAUCAUUAGUACCGAUAUCAAUCCAAAGGCUAAGUCUCACAUCUCUCGUCUGGUCUUGCUUGUGGUCUUGCUGGUCUCUCGGCUGGAAUGGCCAUUGGAAUUGGCAAAUGCUCAGCAGCCUAAGCUCUUUGUGGAGAAGAUUCUUAUUCUUAUUUUUGCGGAAGCACUUUCUCUCUAA